AACUACCAAUUUUUGUCAUCAAAUCAAAGUGGACACUUCAACCUUUUCCUCUUCCUCUUCCUCUUCUUCUAAAAAAAAGAAAAAAAAAUACAAAUUAAGUAAUUCCACUAUUCUUUUCUUUUUUCAGAAUUUGUGGACAGAAAUCCAAAAUUCAAGAAUGGCAAAGUGGAGUGGCAUCGUUGCCGUUGUGUCUUUGACGGUGUUUUUGAUGUCAGUGACGGCGGCAACAGUGCUGCCAAUUCAUCCUUACUUGAAAGUUGAAGACACAUUCAUUUCUCAACUUUAUGAUACUUCCAACUAUGGAUUUCUUCAAAUUGACAAUGGCUUGGCUCGAACUCCUCAGAUGGGGUGGAGUACUUGGAAUUUUUUUGCCUGCAAUAUAAAUGAAACAGUCAUCAAGGAAACAGCUGAUGCACUCAUAUCAACUGGUUUGGCUAGCCUGGGUUAUACUUAUGUCAACAUUGAUGAUUGUUGGUCCAGAUCGACACGAAAUUUGAAGGGUGAAAUGAUUCCUGACCCAAAAACUUUUCCCUCUGGAAUUAAAGCUCUAGCUGAUUAUGUGCACUCAAAGGGACUAAAACUUGGUGUUUAUUCUGAUGCUGGGAUUUUUACAUGUCAAGUUCGGCCAGGUUCGCUGUUUCAAGAAAAAAAUGAUGCAGAACUUUGGGCAUCUUGGGGUGUUGACUAUUUGAAGUACGACAAUUGCUACAAUCUAGGCCUCCCACCACAAAAAAGAUACCCACCCAUGCGUGAUGCCCUUAAUGAUACUGGACGAACUAUAUUUUACGCACUUUGUGAAUGGGGCAUUGAUGACCCUGCCGAAUGGGCAGGAAAAAUUGGGAACAGUUGGCGUACAACAGAUGACAUCAAUGAUACAUGGAUAAGCAUGACAACCAUUGCUGAUAUCAAUAACAAAUGGGCUUCCUAUGCUGGACCCGGUGGAUGGAAUGAUCCUGAUAUGUUAGAAGUUGGAAAUGGCGGCAUGAAUUACCACGAGUACAAAGGGCACUUUAGCAUCUGGGCUCUGAUGAAGGCUCCGCUUAUAAUUGGUUGUGAUGUCAGAAACAUCACUGCUGAUACUUUAAAAAUUCUUUCCAAUAAAGAGGUUAUCGCUGUUGACCAAGAUCCCCUUGGCGUUCAGGGUAGGAGAGUUUACGCUUCCGGACCAGAUGGUUGCCAGCAGGUUUGGGCCGGUCCAUUGUCUCGAAACCGUUUGGCUAUGGUACUCUGGAAUAGAUGUUCAAAAGCUGCAACUAUUACUGCUAAUUGGAGUGCCAUUGGACUAGAACCCUCGAUUAGCGUCUCUAUGAGAGACUUGUGGAAGCAUGAAGUUGUCUCGGAGAACACGGUGGGCUCAUUUAGUGCCCGGGUUAAUGCUCAUGGCUGUGAAAUGUACAUUUUAACUCCACGGAGAUCAACUCGAUCUUCUAUAUGACUGAAGUGUAAGAGGAGUUCACGACUUGUACAAUCUCAGUAGUAGGCUUCCCUGUUAAUCUUUCUAAUCUACAUAUGUGCCUACCUACUGUUUUCUUCAUGCUCUUAUAUAUUACUAGUUCCCUUUGAACUUGCAAUCUUGUAAGUUGAAUUUGUAAAAUGCUCUCCACAUGAAUAAAACUUUUUAUGUCACUGAAAGUAUUUCUGGAAAUAGACUUCUUUUGUGGUUUAUAUGAGAUAUUCAUUUCAAGCUAUUCAA